AUGGAGGGUCAACAGCCUCAGCCCCCGGCGAGUGGGAACUCCUCCGACUUUGUACGCAAGCUCUACAAGAUGUUGGAGGACCCCUCCUACGCGUCCAUCGUACGCUGGGGUGACGAGGGCGAUAGUUUCGUGGUCCUCGAGGUGAGUGAUGCGCCCGUGGCAAGUCUGUGCGAGAAAUUCACCAAGACCAUCCUGCCGAAACACUUCAAGCACAGUAACUUCGCCAGUUUCGUGCGCCAACUGAACAAAUACGAUUUCCACAAAGUCCGACAGAACAAUGAAGAGAAUGGCCAGUCCCCAUACGGUCAAAAUGUGAUCCUCCCUCUCUCCCCGCCUCUUCCGACCUUCCAUCUGGCUGACACUGACCCUCGCGAUCUGCAGGCCUGGGAAUUUAAGCACCCCGAGUUUCGGGCCAACAGCAAGGAAUCUCUCGACAAUAUUCGCCGCAAAGCCCCUGCCCCCCGCAAGCAAACCCAGAAUAACGACGACUCCGCCCCGACCCAACAGAUCGACCUCCUCAACCAACAAAUCCUGGCGCAACAGCAACAGAUCCAACACCUUUCCGAUCGCUAUGCGCAGCUCACGGUGGACCACCAGUUGAUGCUACAGGAAACGAUGCGGGUGCAGAAGACAGUGUUGAACCACGAGAACGUGAUCCAUCAGGUUAUGAACUACUUGCUCACAGUGGACGCGCGCCAGCGAAGGGACAGCAAGGCAGUUUCAUUCCAAGCACAGGGAUCAACAAUGAGCCCCUCUCAGGUCGGAGCUGUCAACGACGAGCCGUCAUCGCCUCUGCAACAGGCCUCGAAGCUGCUGAGUGACAUGAACGCCGAGAUUCAGUUCAACCUCGCUGGGGUGGAUGCGGCAAACGAUCCGCAAAAGGCCGCCGCGGCUGCUGCUGGCGUCGCCCCAGUGGCUACCCCGACGAUGGAGGCGACUCGGAAUGGUGCCAUCCGCCCGUCAACCACAGGUGCUCCGAACCCGAUGGUCUUUCCGAACAAGAUGGGUGGUGAUUUGGAGCAGGUGGUUUAUCCCGUUGGAGCGACGAAUGGAAUCGACCCCAUGUACAGUGAACAUGUCAACAACGUGCCAUAUCCGAUGCCGACCACCAAGGCCGAGGAAACCGAAGUUCGCCGGCAAUAUCCCGAUAACCGGAAGAAGAGUACAAAUGUUGAUCCUGGCUGGGUCCGCAGUCCCCAGAUUUUGUUGGUGGAGGAUGAUGCGACCUGCCGGCAGAUUGGUGGAAAGUUCCUUUUCUCAUUUAACUGUGUUAUUGACACUGCGUUCGAUGGCUUGGAAGCUGUCAACAAGAUCCAAGGCGGUCAAAAGUAUGAUCUGAUUCUGAUGGAUAUCAUCAUGCCAAACCUGGACGGUGUAUCUGCUUGUCACCUUAUUCGCCAAUUUGAUCGAACGCCGAUUAUUGCCAUGACGUCCAACAUACGAAGUGACGACAUCCAGCUAUACUUCCAACAUGGCAUGGAUGACGUUCUGCCCAAGCCGUUUACCCGCAAGAGCCUGCUUGAAAUGCUCGAGAAACAUUUGGUGCAUCUCAAGACCAUGUCCCAAGGGGUCGAAGCACCUCAACCUCCUGCGGUCACCAUGGCUACGCAGACAUCGGCUACUCAGUCAAUCAAGGAGGAUAGCUCCCCUGGUCAAUCCCCUGCGGGCUCCAUCAGCAACUGGCAAUCGCCAGGACAGUUCCAGGGCAUGCAGCCCGUUCCGCCGACCAUGCCCGCGGUGCAAGGGCAGUAUGUGGCAGCAGCGGCGGCGGCGGCGGCGCCACCACCAGCCGCCUAUACCGUCGAUCAGAAUGGGAUCCAAUUCCCAGCCCCUCCAGUCGCAGUGCCUUCUACCGGCGCUCCAGCUCGCCCGCCGCAUCGACGACAAAUGUCCGACAUGUCGGGUGCUGCCGAUAACCAGAAUAUGGCCAAACGACAGCGCAUGUAUGCUCCACCUCAACAACCCAUGAUGGCAGUGCAAGCCGGACGGCCCGGCUAA